CUGAGGGUGAGGGGUUUAUCUAAUGACAGGUUUGUUCCUCACAGUUCGACACGAUUCCAGAAACCGUGGGCUCUCCGAACAGCGUCACACUGAAAGCCUUCACCAUGCACAUGGAGGAGGUGAUUGAGAGUAAAGUGAUGGAGGACCCUUCUGCUGAAGGUGAAGAUGGUUUGGUGACAGUCUCAGGUCUGUACACACAAAACCCUUUACAGCGCAGCGUCAGUCAGCUCAUUGACAAGAAAGACGAGGAAUCAUGGGAGCCACACUUCAGACGCCUCGACAGCGGCCUGUUUGAAGGUGAGGAGUUUGUGGACACCAUCAAAGGCUUCAGCACAGUCAGGAAGGAACACACCAUGUUCACCGACACCAACCUUUGACCUUCAUCAUCAGCACUGUCUCCAAACAUCAUCUCAGAACGGAGCGGAAAAUGAACUGAACUGAUCUGGUGCAUUCAGAACUGCUCUGGGACUUUAUGGACUCGUGAUACCAACAGGAGGAAACAUGAUUAUACAGCGACAUUAAUAUGAAACCAGUAUGAACCGAUGAAUGUAUUUUACAGGUUUCAUUGAAAGAGAAUGAUGUGCGUCAAAUCAGUCGCUGUAGAGAUCAAAUACUUUAAUGGUUGUGGGUGAAAUAACUCAACAGGAGAGCCAACGCAAAUACAAUUACAAAUAGAAAUUUCACAUGUUGCUUAAGUGGAAAUGAUAAGCACAGAACGGUAACAAAACUCUUGAGACAUUUACA